UUUUCUUUUCUUUUUUGCAUUCGGUACUUCAUGGCACCAGUUAGCGAAACCAAUAGUAGUUAGUGGUGACAAAUCAAAGUGUGGGUAUCCAGAGGUGAAGCUAGAGGAGUUGCUCUUCUUCCCGUAAUAGCACAAAAUGGUGGUGUUCGAAGACAAAGCUUGGAUUGAAGAAAUUCCUUUAUCAAGUUUGCUGGUUCUUGGAUUUGCGACUAGCGAAUCAAGACAUAAUCAAGGAGCAAGCCAAAAGCAAGAUUAAGUUGGUAGUCGGUGUUGAUAACGAGAUUAAUGAUCUCGGAUUAAGAUUUGAGUGCCUUCAAGCUUUUCUUAAUGAUGCCGAGCAAAGGUAAAUGAGUGAAAAACGGGUAGGCAGAUGGUUGAAAGAUUUGAAAAACGUGGCCUACCAAAUGGAGGAUGUUUUGGACCAGUGGAGAACCGAAAUGCUACGAGUGCAAAUUGAUCAGAGGAGACGUCUAAGUGAAGAUGAUCUUGAGGAUGGGGAUCACGAUCACCAGGGUGCUAAUCUCAAUAAUCGCGAGGUGCUUUCAUACUUGUGCUCAGUCUUCUCUUGUUUGGAAACCUCUUGGGUAAGAUCUACUCUUCUCUCUUAUUUCAAUACAAUCAUAACCAUUCCUUUGCGGUAUGAUAAAAGAAAUUAAAAAGAGGCUAGACUUAAUUGAUCGUGCUAAAGAUGAGUUCAAAUUCAGCAUAGAUGACACUAUUCGAGAGGGUUUUCACAGUCACCGGAGAAAAGAAACUAGUUCAAUCAUGGUAGAUCGUCCGAAUAUAAUCGGUCGUGAAUCUGACCAAGAAAUAAUAGUUAACAGACUCUUGGCUGCUGAAAGUAGUACUACCCACAUGGAAAAUGAAACUAGAGACCUUCGCAUCAUCUCUAUCGUUGGGAUGGGGGGUCUGGGCAAGACUACUCUUGCCCAACUAGUUUUUAACCAUCCCACAGUAAAAUCUCAUUUUAAGUUGCCCAUGUGGGUAUGUGUGUCUCAUCCCUUCGAUCGCACAAAGGUUGCCAAGGCAAUCAUACGGGAAGCGACCGGAAAGGACACAAAAACCUCUACAUGGAAUCCUUUGUUUAUAGAAUUAUGUGAGUCGGUUAAGGAGAAGAAAUUCAUCCUAGUGCUCGAUGAUGUGUGGACUAGUGAUCCAAACGAUUUGAAGGAUCUGACAUAUUUACUUGAUCUUGGAAAACAAGGAAGCCACAUUUUAGUGACUACCCGUAAUGAAGCUGUUGUGUACGCAUUAAACUCUUACAAACACAUAGUGCAAGGCUUAAAUUCUGAUGAUUGCAGUUCAUUGUUACAUCGUCAAGCUUUUCAUGGGAGGGAGAAAGAAAAGAAUGAACUUUUGGAAGACAUUGGUACUCAAAUUGCAAACAAGUGCCGCGGAUUACCACUUGCCCUGAGUCUGUUAGGAGGUCUUUUGAACCAAAAAAUUAAUGAAAAUCAUUGGAGGCAUGUUCUAGAAAGCAAGAUUUGGGAAUUAAAAAGUUUUGAUCGUCAAAAGAAACUUGUAGAUCCAGUUUUCUUGCUUAGUUACGAUGGUAUAGACUCACACUUGAAAAAUUGUUUUCAAUAUUGUGCUAUAUUUCCGAAGGCUCACAAGAUACAGAAACGAACCUUAGUUAGUCUCUGGAUGGCGCAAGGAUUUCUGAACUCGAGUAAGGAAGAGUCGACCGGCGAGGAGUAUUUUGAUGAAUUAGUUGAGGCUCAUUUUUCCAAGACAUUUCUGAGGAUGAUGUUGGCAGAAUUUCUUGUAAGAUGCAUGAUCUUGUUCAUGACUUUGCUCAGUAUCUCACAGAGGAUUACUGUUAUGAGUCAUAUAACAAUGAAGACAAUUUUGGUUCACCCAUUCAUUUAAGUCUAAUAUACGACGAGCGUGACGUCGGACCUAAUUCUUUUCAUAAUUCUAUAAGAAAAAUAGAUAAUGUCCGAACUAUCCAUUGUAAGAGAGAUUUCAGUAACAUAUUCAGUGUUGGUCAUCUCUCGUCUGAUUUAUUUCAUCACCUUAGAUAUCUCCGGGUAUUGAAAUUGAUAAACAUGGGCAUAACAGACAUCCCUAAUGAGAUUGAUAAACUCAUACAUCUAAGAUAUCUCGAUUUGUCUUGGAAUGAGGAAUUAAGUGAAUUGCCUGAUUCAAUGUGUGGUCUCAUCAACCUCCAAACUUUGAAGCUGAAACACUGUGAUAAGCUUAUCAAACUUCCUAAAGAUAUUGGGAGAAUGAUAAAGUUGAGAAAUCUUGAUAUUAGAGAUUCUGGUCUGAUGUGUUUACCAGAAGGAAUUAGAAACUGGACGUCUCUACAAACCUUAAGUACAU